UCUCGGACUGGCUAUGUUGCGAAAUCAAUUUUUAUUAUUCGUGAAUUAGGCAACAAGAAAUUGUGUUUGUGGAAUUAGGCAAACUAAAGUGAUUUUGUAUCUGAAAGGAAAAGUGCCAAAGAACUCCAGAGCGGGACGAUGGCUGUGUCGGUCUCAAGGGACCUGUCAGUGAGCGUGACGACGGACAUCAACGCAGAUAAACUGACCGACAGACGGCAGGCUCUGCGCGAGAGCAUCCAGAAAGGCGAGCCGAAGGCAUUGGGGGUGUCCCAAGUAAUGAUUGGCGUGAUGGUGAUGUCCUACUCCAUCCCCCUCCUCUCCACUGAGUUCACAGAGGUCGUGACCUUUGGGGUGCCCUGGUGGAGCGGCCUCUCGUUCAUAGCAGCAGGAGUCGUUGCCAUAGUGAUGGAGAAACAGAGCAGUAUGAAAUUGCUGGGUGUGUGUAUGGUGGUGACACUGGUGGCCAUUUUGGUUUCUCUCCUGGCCCUCAUCUUCUACUUCAUCGAUCUCCACAACAAUCCAGAGACACCGUGUAACCACUCCCUGGCCCCCGCAACGCACUACAUACAGUUGUAUGAAUGUGACCACCAGCACUAUGCCACUGUGUUCAGUUAUGGAAUAAAGUCGUCCCUCCUUCUCUUCACCAUCAUCCAGAUCACCAUCUCCUCAACGCUCUCUUACAUCAUGUACAUGGAGAGGAGGCGUUACGGACCAUACUCAACUCUCAAUCAAGGUGUUCCCUCGACUCCCAUACUGGUCACUGCUCCCGACUUCAACUGACCAAUAACAACUGCAGAAGGACCAAUCCCAUCUACAGACAGAUGUCCACCAAUUCCCCUGUUAUGAUAUUAAUGAUUUGUCCACGGCACAGAUGGUUUGUUUAAGUUUCUACCAUUGUGGCUUUAUGUUAUUUCUUUGAAUGUGUAACAUGAAGCUGUGGAAUUGAUAUGGAUGUGAUUCCAUAGUAUUUAAAACAUUUAAAAAAUGUAACCUUCAUUUAAUUUACAAUAUAAAAUUCUUACUUACAAUGACGGCCUACCUUAGUAUGUAGUGUUUUACUACAAUGCAGUGCUAAAUAAUGGUUUCAUUUUCCACAGAUUCCUCAUUUGUUUUGUAUAUUUUUACCGA